AUGGCUUGUAUCAGAAAGAAACUGCGCUUCAGCCGAGUCCUGGCUUUUGUCUGUUUGAUCCUGGUUUGGUUCUAUACCUUCUUACCGAGUCUUCCAGACCUACGUCCUGUGGCAAUUGAUCGGACCCUUCGAGACCUGACGCCAGACCUGACCUCGGAUUUGGACCAAAACCAGUCCCAGGCUGAAGUCCAGAGUCAGACUGAGCCUGCUGUGACGACCCGUGAGAACCGAACCAGCACCGAGAAGACUUGUGCUUGUGCUUGUAAUUGCACAGAUCCAAUUAAGCGAUCCUCUAAGAAAAUCACAGAACGAUCUGAGGAGACGCAAGGCGAUUACCCAAGAGACAUUAUCUCUCUGCAGCAGAGGAAGAAUGGCUGGGUCGUGCUCCACGUGAUCGGAAUGGUGUACAUGUUUGUGGCCUUGGCAAUCGUUUGCGAUGACUUCUUUGUUCCCUCUUUGGAGGUCAUUACAGAGAAACUAGAGAUAUCUGACGAUGUUGCCGGGGCGACCUUCAUGGCUGCUGGGGGAUCUGCUCCUGAACUGUUCACCUCUUUGAUCGGCAUUUUCAUCGCUCACAGUAACGUGGGCAUCGGGACCAUCGUCGGCUCCGCUGUGUUCAACAUCCUGUUUGUGAUUGGGAUGUGUGCAGUGUUCUCCCAGGAGACUCUGAGUCUGACCUGGUGGCCCCUGUUUCGAGACGUGUCGUUCUACGUUGUGGAUCUGUUGAUGCUGAUCCUUUUCUUUCUUGACAAUAUCAUAAUGUGGUGGGAGAGCUUUCUUCUGAUGCUGAUGUACUUCUUGUACGUGGUGUUCAUGAAGUUUAACGUUCAGAUUGAGAGGGCUGUGAAGUCAUGCCUCUUGAAACCCACAAACAAGGUGUCAGAAGCACCAGCUCCUUCUGCUCCUGCUGCCAAAGUGGACCCAGAGUGGCAGAUGCCGGCGGGUGCAGAAGAGGACAAUGGCACGUUCAGUCUGAGUUGGCCACAGACCCGGGUCCAACGGAUCUCGUACGUCAUUAAACUGCCCAUCUUGCUUCUCCUGUGGCUUACUCUUCCUGAUGUCCGAAAAGCUGCUAAAACAAAGUGGUUCCCUUGGACUUUCCUCGGCUCCAUCCUGUGUAUUGCGGCCUUCUCGUACCUCAUGGUGUGGUGGGCCCAUCAGGUGGGGGAGACAAUCGGCAUCACAGAGGAGAUCAUGGGCCUGACCAUCCUAGCGGCCGGCACAUCUGUCCCAGACCUGAUCACCAGCGUCAUCGUUGCCCGAAAAGGCUUGGGGGAUAUGGCUGUGUCCAGCUCUGUGGGCAGCAACAUAUUUGACAUCACUGUAGGUCUGCCUCUUCCCUGGCUCUUGCACACGGCGAUAAACGUGGAAGCGCCUGUGGUUGUCAGCUCCAAUGGGCUCUUCUGUGCUAUCCUCCUGCUGUUUGGGAUGCUGCUCUUCGUCCUCAUCUCCAUCAUCUGGUGUCGCUGGAAAAUGAGCCGCACUCUGGGUCUCAUCAUGUUCUUCCUGUACAUGAUGUUUCUCCUGCUGAGCGUGUUACUGGAAAUUAAAGUCAUUCCAUGCCCUGGCAGCAAUGUAGUGACUCACGAUACCACGACCUCUUUGGGGGCGUUACCUGGGGAGGGCAAUCAGGUGCAGCCUAAAGCCCCGUUGCUCCAGAUCCUGCGUGUCGCUGGGGCACAGGAGGACAUUUUCACUUUGAAAGAGGUGAUGCAUUACCUGGGACAGUACAUCAUGGGGAGACAGCUGUACGACAAACAGCGGCAGCACAUCGUUCACUGUCAGGAUGACCCUCUGGGAGAGCUGUUGGAGGUCGAGAGCUUCUCCGUCAAAAACCCCAGCCCUGUUUAUGAAAUGCUGAAGAAGAACUUGAUUGUACUAGACGCCGCUGAAAAUGAGUCUGUGCGCCGCAAGUGUGUAGGGGGCGGAGUGGAGGACCGCGGUCAGGGCUGUGGGGGUGUGGUCAAAGCAGAGGCACCUCUCUUGCAGACCCCCUCCCAGCGGCGCCCGCGGGACCCAGAUGAUGACUCGUGCGACGGCCUCCCACGCUCCGCCUGUAAACGGCCCAAACUGGACGUGUCUCUGGACGAGUGGGACCUGUCCGGUCUGCCUUGGUGGUUUCUGGGUAAUCUCAGAAACAACUACAGCAGGCGAAGUAAUGGCUCCACAGACAUCCACACUAACCAGCUGUCUCCUGCUCAGGAGGAGGACACGGCGAUCGUCUCCGACACCACGGACGACCUGUGGUUCCUUACGGAGGCGGAGAGUGAGCAGCGCAGCGUUGAGAUGAAGGAGGCGGCGCUGGACGAGAGCAGCGGCGACACAGAUCCCCCGCCAGAAGAAGAGGAGGCGGAGCACAAGGAGAUGGAAGACGACACAGAGGAAGAGUCUCAGUGUCUGAGUGACGACACGGAUAUAGAGAUCUCCACUCAGGAUGCGUGGCAGUGCACCGAAUGCCGUAAGUACAACACGCCUCAUCAGAAAUACUGUGUCCGCUGUUGGGCCCUCCGCAAAAACUGGUACAAGGACGUUCCGCGCCUCGCCCACUCGCUGUCCGUGCCAGACAUCCCAGCACGCACCUCUUCCCUCUCCGCGCAGGACGACGAGGACUACGACAGCGAGGCGGGCGUGGACAUCCCGGACUGCAGCCGCACCGUGUCUGACCCCGUCAUCCUUCCCUCUCACUCCACCGCCGACCGCCCUCUCCCACCGCCGGGCUCCAAGGGCAAAGGCCCGCGACGCUCCGCUGUCCCCGGGCUGCCGCUGCUGUCAGAGGGCACGGACAGCCAAGAGAGCCUUGAGAUGGAGGUGGAGGCCAAACCUGAGGCGCUGCUGGAGCCGUGCAAGCUCUGCAGGGUGCGGCCGCGCAACGGGAACAUAAUCCACGGCAGGACGGCGCACCUCCUGACCUGCUUCAACUGCGCCAAGCGGCUGCAUAAGUUCCAUGCGCCGUGUCCAGGCUGCGGGAAGAUUAUCCAGAAAGUGAUAAAGAUAUAUGUGGUCUAG